GACCAUUUCAGAGGAUGCGGAUUACCGGAAGCAAGCACGGCACAGGGCGCGCGAGCGAUGGAGAAGGAGAAUCAGAAGCAGAAGCUGAUGGUGCUGAUGAAGGGGCAUCCGGGAUGCGCGAAAUCGACUGUGGCCAGGGCUCUGGCUGCGGCGCUGCGAUGGCCCGUGGUGGACAAGGACGACAUUCGCGACGCCACCUUGGCGCUCGAGGCGCCCGAUAGGCCCGCGCCCCCGGCGCCCACCGCCCUCAACGCGCUGUCGUACGAGGUCAUGUGGCGAGUGGUCGAGACGCAGUUGCAGAUCGGCCUCAGCGUCGUGGUCGACUGCCCGCUGGCGCGAGCCUCGCUCUUCCGGACCGCCUGCGCCCUCGCGCUCAAGCACGGCGCCGCGCCCGUCGUCGUCGAGUGCGUGGCGCUGGACGUGCACGAGUGGAGGCGCCGGCUCGAGGCCCGAGCUCAGCUCGCUCUCGCCGUGCCGAAAUGUGAUGCGGAUUGCGCUAGCUCGGCGGAAGGGAAUCGUCCCGGGAACGAUGAUGAUGGUACGAGAGCUCUCAAGAAUUGGCACAAGCCUUCGCGCUGGGACGACGUUCAGAAGUUGCUGGAGGGGUAUGCCAAGUGCUACGAGUACGAUACAGGGCUCACGAGGAAGCUGAUUGUCGAUACGACGGCUUUGCCGACCGCAGCUGCAGUAUGCGGCAUAGAGAAUUGGCUUCGAAGCGUCGAGGAGCCGGGCACCGCGAUUGUCACGUGCUUGCCUUGACGUCUCGGAGGCAGUGAAUCCGGUGGGUCGGGAGAAGGUCUAGUGGACGAAGUCGAUUGCUGGCAGUGUCUUGUGCAGUAAUUUCAUGCCUACUUCGCUAGUUUCUUUCUAGGGAUCAACGUAGACCGAGGAUUGUAACAUACAGCAUGAACAGGAGUGAUGAAAGCAAAUCGCUCGGCUCAAUUCAUUCGUCUCGAUUGAAAUCGAUUUGAUUGGAUGUACUUAGAAGAGCGAUGACGAUUUCAGUGGUUUGUGACUUCGAUUCGAGAGUCACGAUGUUCGGGAGAGGUGAAG